GGACCUCCCUGUGCCUGUUUCCUCAUCUAUAGCAGAGCUCUUGUUGUACGAGUCUGAGCCGCUUUUGGUCUUGGUCUGCUGGCCAGCCGGAGGUAGGGGAAGGCACGUCUUUUUAGAAGCGAGGUUACAACACAGUUUCUAUAAACAUAGGAAAGGUCGGACACUGCCACUGGGGCCUGGGACCGACACCAAGUUGCCACAGGAAGAGAACCACUAGGGAGCAGAGAAGGACGCACGCUCUAGAAAAGGGGCCGUUUCAGCACGCUCUGGUCCCACCAGUCCUAGGCCUCACGAGCGUCAGAGGGCGGGGAAGUGCGUAACCCACAACCACCUCGCACCACACGCACUACGUCCCCAUAGCUGGCAGUGGUUUCGAGAGCCCGGAUAGAAAGGAAGUGGAAACUGGAAAAAAGGUCCCGGCCUCACGACGCUGGUCACUGAUUGGCUGAGUCGGGCUAGGCCCACAGAUAAGACUAUGAAUUGUGGCAUUUCUUAAAUGAAGCAUUCAGGAGUGAAGUGAAAGAAAGUCAUAACAUAUGGGAAAUAAAAUCCUCUUAAGUAAUGUCCAUUCAUUUGACUUUAGAUAUAUAUAUUUAUCUCCUUAGUAAUGCAAGAAGUCUUUGUGGGAAACAGAGAAGCAAGCAACUCUAUCUCUUGUGCACAUCUAAAUAUUGGAGAAUAAGCUACAUCAAUCAGCAAAGAAGUUUUCAUAUAAGUAGAACAAGAUAUAAAUGGACCAGAAGCCACACAUUUGUUUCUAGUAAACACUCUUGUAAUCCACGCAACCAUGAUUUACACAUUGGAGUUUCAAAACUUAGUACUUCUGCACCCAAAGGACUAACAAAAGUAAGCAUUCAUAUGUCCCGUAUUAAAAACACCUUGGACUCUGUUUCAAAAGCUGUUUUUGGCAAUCAGAAUGAAAUGUUUUCACGUUUCUCUAGAUUCAAACCAGGAAUAUUGAGGAAAAAAUCAGAAGAUGAUGUGUUAAAACAGAAAAGUGUUAAACAAGCUUCUGGCACCAACACUCUGAAUGAUUCCAGUGAUAAUAAAACAGAAAAGGGCCCUUUUCCAGAAGGUGAAAUCUCAGACCCUUCUUUGGAAAACCCAGCCAAGAUUGACCCAGUUUUAGAGAAAGGCCUAGAAGAGCGUAAACAAAAUAUUUAUUAUACAAACUAUAUAAUUGCAAAAUUUGAAGAAUCGUUAUACUUUUUAUCAAAUCAUAUAAAUUCGUACUUUACAAAUAUGACUGAAAGAACUGAAAAUGACCAUCUGCAGCAGGCCACAGAGAUGAAAAUGGGAAAAGAUGAAGCUGGAAUCAGAGAGAGUCCUUCUAAGGAUGAAGUUCAACUUAAAGAAAAGGGGACAGAUUCACAAUUUCUUUCACCUACUGUAGCUCACUCUGAAGAGCUCACUGGAACAUCUGAUACUCUUCCAGUUUCUGUUAAACAGAGUUUUGCCAAUUUUCUUGCAAGACCUAGUGACAGUGUACAAGCACUUGUAGGUGGUUACAUUGUGGGGCUUGUACCCAAAUUAAAGGCUGAUGCAAAAUAUCAUUCAGAAGAAUUUCAAGGAGGUAAAGCUGAGCAGGCUAGUGGGAAAGAAAACCAUGAGGAAGAGAAAAAACACCUAUCCCUUCAGCGAGAAAAAAUUAUUGAAAGGGUAAGUAUAGAUAACAGAACCCGGGCACUAGUUCGAGCAUUAAGAAGAACAACUGACCAUAAACUCUGUAUUAACAGGAUUGAAGAAUUAACUUUUCAUCUUCUAGCAUUUCCAGAAGCAAGAGCACUAGCUGUAAAGGAAAAACUUGUUCCAUACUUAUUACGACUAAGAAGAAAUAAGGAUGAAAUUCUUCAAGCUACCGUUAGGGAAAAUUUGGCUUUAAUUGGCUAUACAGAUCCUGUGAAAGGAAGAGGAAUUCGUAUUCUCACAAUUGAUGGUGGAGGAAUAAGAGGUGUAGUUGCUCUUCAGAGUCUUCGAAAAAUUGUUGAACUUACUAAAAAGCCAAUCCAUCAACUUUUUGAUUACAUUUGUGGUGUAAGCACAGGUGCCAUAUUAGCUUUCAUGGUGGGAUUAUUUCACAUGGAUCUGGAUGAUUGUGAGGAACUUUAUAGAAAAUUAGGAACAGAUGUAUUUACACAGAAUCUCAUUAUCGGAACAGUCAAAAUGGGGUGGAAACAUGAAUUUUAUGACAGUGAAACCUGGGAAAGAAUACUUAAGGACAGGCUGGGAUCUAAUCUAAUGAUUGAAACAGCAAGAAAUCCCAAGUGUCCUAAGGUGGCUGCAGUAAGUACUGUUGUAAACCGAGGAAUACAACCAAAGGCAUUUGUGUUCAGGAACUAUGAUCUUUUUCCUGGAUCCAAGUCACACUAUUUGGGAGGAUGUCAUCACAAAGUAUGGCAAGCUAUUCGAGCAUCAUCUGCUGCACCAGGUUACUUUGCAGAAUAUACACUAGGAAAAGACCUUCAUCAAGAUGGAGGUUUGCUUCUAAAUAAUCCUACAGCUUUAGCAAUGCAUGAAUGUAAGUGUCUUUGGCCAGAUACUCCAUUACAAUGUAUAGUAUCCUUGGGCACUGGGCGUUAUGAAGGUGAUGUGAGGAACUACAGUAUGACAGCAACAAGCUUGAGAAGCAAACUGUCAACAGUUAUCAGCAGUGCCACUGAUACAGAAGAAGUCCAUAUAAUGCUUGAUGACUUUUUACCUCCUGACACUUACUUUAGAAUCAACCCUGUAAUGCGUGAAAACAUACCUUUGGAUGAAAGUCGAAAUGAAAAACUUGACUUCUUACAGUCGGAAUCGAUAAAAUAUUUAGAGCGGAAUGAAGAAAAAAUUAAAAAGCUAACAAAAAUAUUAACUCAAGAAAAAACAGCUCUACAGAAAAUUAAUGAUUGGUUAAAAUUAAAAUCAGAUAUGUAUGAAGGUUUUCCAUUUUUGUCUAAAUUGUGAAAAUAAUUUGCAUGCACUAUACUAAAUGUAAAACCUAUUUUAAAAGAGCUACUAAUUCUAUGAAGAAUUGAUGCAUAUAGGUAUACAAAUUAACUUUAUAAUAUGUGUUAGUUAUAAAAUAUGCUGGAAAAAACACUGCCCAGACCAGUAUGAACAGUUUAGAGUGUUCGGUGCAAAAUUUAUAUCAGAAUUAGGUUUUUCUGAUGUUAAUAAUUGUAUGCGCUUUAGGAACUUACCUGUUGUACCGUUUGGUUUUAGUAAACACAAUGGCAUUUUGUUUUUUGUUAAAUUUUGUGCCAAACAAAAGACACUGAAAAAUAUUAGAACACUCUAUUUUUGCUUUAAGGUAUCAUAAUCAUGUUGAAUUUAUUUGAACAUUAUGGGGUUUUUUUAGUGGAAAAUCAAAAUGUUUCCUGAUGAUCUAUUCUAAUAUUUCACAUUCUUCAUCACCUAUUAUCUUCUUUAUUGACUUUCAGUUUAAUAAUCUCUUAAUGGAUGUAUGACAACAGAAUUUUGCUUCUGUUAGAGUACUUUCCAAAGAUUAAGUAACUUUAAAUACAUAAUUUUAUCUACUAAAAUUUACUUAUAUCAUCAAAGUGUUUGGUUCAAGAAACAUAUCACUGAGCUACCAGUACUUUUCUGAAAUUUCAAAAUACUGUAUGCUACCUUUUCUAGAUCAGCUCUAGCUUGUCCUUCAUUGAGAAUUAAUCCUUUGACUUCUUUGAAAAAAAUAUUCUUAUCAAAAUAACAAAAUAAAUUCCUAAAUCUGUUCCAGAAA